AGUCCACCAUGGUGGUUCAGUCCAGGGCUGCUGGGGAGAGCGUUCGCUUCCAAUACAGCCUAACUAACACAGACACGGUGUUGUUGGACGGGGAGAGACAAUUGGAUUCCCAGACCGCUGGGUUUCUGCCGCUGCCUGAUAUCAUGCCCUGUGAGGCUGGCCUCCUUCAGGCGCCCAUGAGACGGCACAAGAGCACGACUGACAUCCCCUACAGCCCGUAUCGGGGCCACGCCCGCGGGCAGCGGCUCAGCAUCUACGGCCCCGCGGAGAUGGAGACCGCCCAGCUCCGCCGCUGCUCUCUGCGGGAGUCCAACGGACAGCCCCGCUGGUGUGCCCGCCAUGCCCUGAGCGCCCCCAACAUGGUGACCGGCGUCAGCCCCUUCCGCUCGAUGGGGACGCCCUCCCGCAGCGGGGUGUCCACGCCGCAGCCGGAGCUGGAGAAGUACGUCAAGGUGCGCAGCAAGCUCCUGGAGGACGAGUGCGCCCAGACGCCCACCUGCACCCCCGAGGCCCGCCAGCAGCUCCGUUAUGUCACCAAGGACGGCAAGUGCCGGGUGAACCUGGCCCACAUCUCGGAGACGGGCCGCUUCCUCUCAGACAUUUUCACCUCCUUCGUGGACCUCCAGUACCGCUGGUUCCUCUUCCUCUUCAUGAUGUGCUACGCCGUCACCUGGUUCUUCUUCGCCGGCCUCUACCUCCUGAACGCGUACCUACGUGGUGACCUGGGUCGCCCCGGCAACUCGGCAGCAGACCGGGUGCCCUGCUACCACAACGUGGACGACUUCAUUUCGGCGCUUCUCUUCUCCGUGGAGACCCAGCGAACCAUCGGCUACGGCUCCCGCACAGUGUCGCCCGCCUGCCACGAGGGGGUGCUGCUGGUCAUGGUGCAGUGCAUCGUGGGCUCCAUGAUCGACGCCCUCACCGUGGGCUGCAUGUUCGUCAAGAUCUCGCGGCCCAAGAAGCGGGCAGAGACGCUGCUGUUCAGCCGGACAUGCGUCGUCGCCAACCGCGACGACCAGCUGUGCCUGAUGUUCCGCAUCGGGGACCUGCGCGAAAGCCACAUGGUGGAUGCCAAGGUGAGGGCCAAGCUCAUCAAGUCACGGCAGACGGCCGAGGGCGAGUUCCUCCCCCUGGAGCAGACUGAGAUCGACCUGGGUUACGAGAGCGGCUCCGACCGCCUCUUCCUGGUGGAGCCGCAGGUCAUCCAGCACACGAUUGAUGCCAGCAGCCCCUUCUGGGAAGUGGGGCCAGACCAGCUGAGGAGACAGCAGUUUGAGAUUAUAGUCAUCCUGGAGGGAAUUGUGGAGGCCACAGGUAUGAUGUGCCAGGCAAAGACGUCCUACAUCGAGACAGAGAUCGAGUGGGGCGCCCGCUUCGAGCCGUGCAUGACCAUGGAGAAGGGUGCUUUCCGUGUGGACCUGCGGCGCUUUCACAGCACCUACGAGGUGCCGCUGUGCAGCGCUCGCCAGACGCAGCAGCUCCAGAUGUUUUUGGACCUUGAACAGCGCGACCCGGGCACUCUCAGCAGCGAGUGGGGGGCUGCAGACGACUGCGAGGAAGGGGAGGAUAGAGAGGUCCAGAAAACUCACGGCUUUGGUAUUGAUAAAAUCCAGGAAGAACGGGUCUCGGAGUUGAAUGAAUGCUAG